CGCCGCCUCUGUUUGUACACAGUGCGCUCCCGGCCGCCCGCUCGCUCCCCUCCAGCUCACGCUUCAUUGUUCUCCAAGUCAGAAGCCCCGCAGCCGCGGCGGGGAGAGCAGCGCGAGCCGAGCGCACCGUCCGUCCGUCAGCCGGUGGCUCUGUAGCCCGCGCGGGAGACCCGGCGCCGCCGCAGGAGCCCGCGCCCCGCCCGCCGCGCCCGGCGGGGACCCACUCGCCGCGGAGGCUGAGCCCGCCGGCGGCUCCCCGGCGCUCGCUCACCCACCUCCGCGCACCGGAGCGCAGGCGAAAGAGAAGAGACUCCUCUCUAGCCACCACUCUUUCUUGCCCGCUCCAAGAAUUUGUUUAAGAAAGAGCUGCGGGAAGAAGACGUCUCCUUGAAUUCUUCAGCAGGGGCGGAGUCUACCACUGCCCUGCGGUGCCACCUCGGCUACACUGCCCUCAGCGACGACCCCUGACCAGCCGGGGUCACGUCCGGGAGACGGGACCAUGAAGCGCUUGGUAGCCACCUGGCUCUUGGUCGGGCUCAGCCUCGGUGUCCCCCAGUUCGGCAAAGGUGAUAUUUGUGAUCCCAAUCCAUGUGAAAAUGGAGGUAUCUGUUUGUCAGAAUUGGGCGGUUCGUCUUUUUCCUGUGAGUGUCCGGAUGGCUUCACAGAUCCCAACUGUUCUAGUGUUGUGGAGGUUGCAUCAGAUGAAGAAGAGCCAACUUCAGCAGGUCCCUGUAUUCCUAAUCCAUGCCAUAAUGGAGGAACCUGUGAAAUAAGUGAAGCAUACCGAGGGGACACAUUUAUAGGCUAUGUUUGUAAAUGUCCUCGAGGAUUUAAUGGGAUCCACUGUCAGCACAACAUAAAUGAAUGUGAAGCUGAUCCUUGUAAAAAUGGUGGAAUAUGUACAGACCUUGUUGCUAACUAUUCCUGUGAGUGCCCAGGUGAAUUUAUGGGAAGAAAUUGUCAAUAUAAAUGUUCAGGUCCAUUGGGAAUUGAAGGUGGAAUCAUAUCAAAUCAGCAAAUAACAGCUUCCUCUACUCACCGAGCUCUUUUUGGACUCCAGAAAUGGUAUCCCUACUAUGCACGUCUUAAUAAGAAGGGUCUUAUAAAUGCAUGGACAGCUGCAGAAAAUGACAGAUGGCCUUGGAUUCAGAUAAAUUUGCAAAGAAAAAUGAGAGUUACUGGAGUGAUCACUCAAGGAGCCAAGAGGAUUGGAAGCCCAGAGUAUAUAAAAUCCUACAAAAUUGCCUACAGUAAUGAUGGAAAGACUUGGGCAAUGUACAAAGUGAAAGGCACCAAUGAAGACAUGGUGUUCCGUGGAAAUGUUGAUAACAACACACCGUACGCUAACUCUUUCACACCUCCCAUAAAAGCUCAGUAUGUAAGACUCUAUCCCCAGGUUUGUCGAAGGCACUGCACUUUGCGAAUGGAACUUCUUGGCUGCGAACUGUCAGGCUGUUCUGAGCCUCUGGGUAUGAAAUCAGGACAUAUACAAGACUAUCAGAUCACUGCCUCCAGCAUCUUCAGAACGCUCAACAUGGACAUGUUCACUUGGGAACCAAGGAAAGCUAGGCUGGACAAGCAAGGCAAAGUGAAUGCCUGGACCUCUGGCCACAAUGACCAGUCGCAAUGGUUACAGGUGGACCUUCUUGUUCCUACCAAAGUGACCGGCAUCAUUACACAAGGAGCUAAAGAUUUUGGUCACGUACAGUUCGUUGGUUCCUACAAACUAGCUUACAGCAAUGAUGGAGAACACUGGACUGUAUACCAGGAUGAAAAGCAAAGGAAAGAUAAGGUUUUCCAGGGCAAUUUUGACAAUGACACCCACAGGAAAAAUGUCAUUGAUCCUCCCAUCUAUGCGCGGCACAUAAGAAUCCUUCCUUGGUCCUGGUACGGGAGAAUCACGUUGCGGUCAGAGCUGCUGGGCUGCACAGAGGAGGAAUGAGGAAACCCUACACCCCACAACUCUCUUCUCUACUUCCCUAGAAGUAUUUCCAUGGAAUGAACUGUUCAAAAUCUGUAGGAAACUGAAUGAGUUUUUUUUCAUGAAAAAGUGCUCAAAUUAUGGUAGGCCACUGUCUUUUUAAGGAGGUCUAAGCCUGCCUUUUCAAUGAUUUAAUUUGAUUUUUAUUGGUCAAGUCUCUUAAGUCACAUCACAUUAGCUGUGAAUUACUUUUCUCAUUGUUUUCUGAAUUAUUCACAUUGGUUGGAAUACGUUAGGGAAAGAAAGUAGCCUUCUUUUUAUAGCAAGGGUAAAUAAAUCUCAAAGUCAUCAAAUACAAGCAAGAGCUGAUAGAGCUUUUACAAUCAAUACUCAACUAAUUCUUGUGAAAGGAAUACUGCAAUGUUAGCAAUAAGGUAUUUUUCUUCUAUAAUGACUCUGCGUUAUCCUAAUUGUUUCCCUGUGCCUAUCAAAUACUGUCGGUGUUGAUAACAAAAAUUUGAAGAAGAAUCUGUAACAUGAGGUACUAGUUGAUAUAAUUCUCAUUUUACUUUCAUUAUAUCUAAUCAGAGAAAAUAUGAUCUUUUUACUUUUGCUUCUGUUCUAUAUUCUUUAUAUUGCAUAUUGCCUGAAUAACACAAUAUUUUUUCUAAUUUAACUUUCUCCUAUUCGUUGCCUAAGAGAAGUGUCAUUUUAUUUGUAAACAUGGAACUCGACUGAAUAUCAGUAGAUGGAUCUGCAUUUAAUAUCAGUAUAUUAAAUCUGCAAUUUUAUUUUUGAAGGAAGUUAUAACUACAUAAUUUCCAAAUACUUUAUUUAUACAGAAUCCCAUGCUACCAGUUUGCAAAAAGGAACAAGAAAUAAUGUAUUAUGUCCCUUUCAAUUUAAAUCUUCAUUUUAAUAGUAUUUACAUGGCCUUAUAUUUACCUUAAAAUAAUAGAAUCAUGAAUUGUCUAUUUUAAAAAAAUAUUAGCAAAUACUAACAUAGUACUGCAUACCUUGGCCAAGCAUACUCAUCAUUUCUUUGUUCAUCUCCACAUUUCCUAUGAAACUAAAAUUUUAUUGAGAUUUGAAACUGGUGGUAGUUUCCCAGGAAAGCAAAUUGUUUACUUAUUUGUGAGAAGCAGAGUAUUUACUAAUGACAAAGUAGUAAACCAUUUUCAAGAUGAAAAUAUAUUUCUAUUUAUUUUGUUUCAAAGGGCCUGAAAAAAUAAGCAAUUAUCAUAACAAUUUGUUAUUGAUAAUGGAGGUUCCAUUGACAUGUCUCUCAAAUUAAAGCUCACACUGCCUCCAUAAAUGUCUUCAACAUCUAAUUUAUAAGCUUUACAAGUAUUUAUUUUAUAAGGCUUAGACAGAAUUAUUGGAGUUUUAAAUUAAGGGUCUUGGAAAAGAAAAGAUAGUAUGUGUAUGAAAUGUUAAGGUCCUACACAACACUGCUAACUUUUUUUUCCUUUAAUAUUUGUGCUGCAUAACAAAAGCCACUAGACUGUUACUGUCUUGUCUGUCCAUGUGUUAACAGCAUUUCUUAAUGAUGUAUAUAUGGUCUUCAAUCACAGUGAAGAAUUUAAAGAGAAAGUCAAUCAUAUUGGCAUUUUUAAUAAAAGCAAAAUUAGUUGGUCUAAGGAAACUAGUUGACCACAUGUUGGUUCCAUGCCCCCUUGCUUUCUACUUCGGCUUCUCAUUUUGAAAUUAUUGAUUUGAAGCCUCUGAAAUGAUAAUCAGUUUUCAACAUCUUUCAAAAAUAAAAUUUUUAUGUUGUCAGUGUCACCUUUUUAAGAUAAAUUUGAAGUUAGGAAUUUUAAAUAUUUUUAAUAGGCUAAACUUUAAAGAUAUGUGACAAAUAAUUACUUCAGUUCAAAAAUAUACACACUUACCAUCUAGCCAGUUGUCCUCAUUUCUUCCAAGGUUUACUGUCCCACCAAAUUUCUAGAUGUUUUGCUUUGCAGAUUAUGCAUGAUUCUUCAUUCUUAAGAGUAUAUUUUUAAAAUUCUGAGUAAUGCUUUGUGAUGAUUUACUUUUUCAAAAUUACUAAUGUCUUUUUAUGAUGUUUUGAAUUUUUUUCUACUGAUAGCUGUUUAAAAAAUAUUUUCCAAGGGAGUUGGUUAAAAUUCAAUGUCCCUUAGAAAGACAUUGAAAUGGCUUUCUCUUGCUUUUGCAUCUUCUCUUUGCUUUAUAUGCUCUUCACAAGACAGCAUGUCCAACGGGAUAUCUAUUGUCCCAUGAUGCCCAAAAUUGAUGACAGCAAAGGAGUCCCAUAUGUGUAAAUUUUGAUAAUUAUUGUGAAGUGAUAAAGUAGCUCUUGUGUCACUUGUAUCAAUGACAUCAAAGAGAAGCAAAAUUUAUGCUAUAUAAAUUCACACUAAAACAAAUAAAAUACCAUAAGCAGAAUACACAAAAGAAUCACCUAGUCAUCACUAUAUUGAGUAACUAUCACAUGCUCAUUUUAUAAUUUAUGAAAUUAAAAUUUUAAGCAUCUCCAUUUUAUCUACAUCCUUUUAAAAGCAUUUAUUAUAUUCACUAAUUCUAAUUUUAGGGUUGACUUUCUCUUUCUGAAUGUUUCAUAAAGAUUGGUGUGAAUUUUGAAGAUUUGGGGUACUAAUGAUUAUAUCUUUGCUAGUCAACAAAUUAUGAAAUAUAAUACUCAAUUCUGGCAUCUAAUAUGUCAGUACGUACAGAAAUAACUAUGACACAAAUAACCUUUGCAAACUUUCAAGCUGUGUAAUAUCCCAAUGUUGUUUUUUCUUUGUAUAUAUACUUAUAUCAUGUAGGAUGUUGUAAAAUCAGUAUGACCUUGUCUAGUCUUCAAACUUAAAAUAAACUUUUGAAAACCUGGGAUA